UUGAUUAUUUACUGAUUGGAAGUUUUGAAGGGGGGGGGAUUCGAUAUACAUUUCGAGAUCAAGAAUUGAUUGUUUUUAAACAAGAUAUCAAUCGAAAUAAUCUCUCGGGUGUAUAAUCGAAUUAUUAUUUUGAUAAUCGAGAUAUCUCGAAUGUAUAUCUCGAUGACGCCCAUCACUAACAGUCACCAUCCGAUCAUUGUUCGAGCACCAUGCGUGGGAAAUCUGAAGGAAGUGCCAGGCGCAUACAGAAACGCCUCACCGGUCAAGUGCCGCCCAAAAUUUUAAAGUCAAAAAAUGAAUCAAAUGGUCAAAAAGAAUGGAGAAAAUGUAAUCAACGAUCAAUGUGUUUUAUACCUCGUUUGUUACAUAAAUCCAAUAAUGGAAACUCUGCGAAAACUCAACGGGACUGUAGGGUUGGACAUAAUCACGAUUUAUAUGAUGCUGAGGAAAUAAUUGGAGCUAAAAAGACAGUCGAUGACGAAUUAAUGUUUUUGGUGAAGUGGAUUAGCCCAUAUAAUUGUUAUUCGUUUAUAUACAACGAUGAUGCUAAACGAAGAUUCCCACAACUUGUAAUAACAUUUUACGAGAGACACCUUAUGUUCAAACAGUAAUUCUGAAUAUAAGACUUAAAUGCCAUUUUUAUAAAUUUUUUCUUUUUCU